AUGGCGAUCAGGAAGACCCAGACCAAGGCCGAGAAGAAGCAGGCGUACGACCGGAAGCUGUGCAAGUUCCUCGAGGAGUACUCCAGGGUGCUCAUCGCCGAGGUGGACAACGUCGGCUCCACCCAGCUCGCCGCCGUCCGCAGGGGCAUCCGCGGCGACUCGGAGAUGCUCAUGGGGAAGAACACCCUCAUCCGACGCUGCAUCAAGGUGCACGCCGAGGCCACCGGCAACGACAAGAUCAAGGCCAUCAUACCACUGCUCCAGGGAAACGUCGGCCUCAUCUUCACCAAGGCCGACCUCAAGGAGGUUCGCGAGGAGGUCGCCAAGUACAAGGUUGGGGCCCCUGCUCGUGUUGGGCUGGUUGCUCCUAUUGAUGUGGUGGUUCCCCCAGGCAACACUGGUUUGGAUCCCUCCCAGACUUCUUUCUUCCAGGUGCUUAACAUCCCCACCAAGAUCAACAAGGGCACUGUGGAAAUCAUUGCCCCUGUUGACCUCAUCAGGAAGGGUGACAAGGUGGGCUCGUCCGAGGCUGCCUUGCUUGCCAAGCUCGGUAUCCGCCCGUUCUCCUAUGGUCUUGUGAUCACCAAUGUCUAUGACGAUGGGUCGGUGUUCAGCCCUGAGGUUCUUGACCUCACUGACGAAGACCUGAUCGAGAAGUUUGCUUCUGGUGUCUCCAUGGUUGCGUCACUGUCCCUGGCAGUCUCGUACCCAACCAUGGCUGCUGCACCGCACAUGUUCCUCAAUGGGUACAAGAACGUGCUCGCUGUUGCUGUGGAGACAGAUUACUCUUUCCCUCAUGCUGAUCAGAUCAAGGAGUACCUCAAGGACCCCAGCAAGUUUGCCGCUGCCGCGCCAGCUGCUGCUGCGCCGUCUGGUGGUGCUGCAGCUGCUCCAGAGGAGGAGAAAGAGGAAUCCGAUGGCGAAUCUGACGGUGAGGGAAUGGGCUUCAGCCUGUUCGACGACUAA